AUGGAAUCAAAUCCGUAUGCAAAGUUUUUCCGGUCAUUAAAAGACCAGUAUAUUAAUGACACCAGUCGGAUAGUGAUUCGUUCAGACCCCAACCACGAUCAGCGUACUCAUACCGCCCCAGUUGCAUCUCAAGUAGCCGCUAUAUGGGUUGAAGAUGGUGGUUCGUCACAACCACCGACUCAUGAUAUUAUCGUACGACCACAUUCAGGUUCAAGUCAACGUAGAUGUUCAACAUUUCCUAUCAAUGAAGUCUUAGUCCAAACUAUUGAUGAUUUAGUUGAAGCUGAAGAACAAGAAAUUAAAAGAGAAUUGCUCCCCCAUGAAGAAGUACAAAAUAGACCAGAUCUUAUAUCCCGAGUCUUCAGAGCGAAAUUGACGAAGUUGAAAAAAGAUAUUGUUGAGGGAAAAUUGUUUGGUAACGUUGCGGCAUUCGUAUAUGUAGUUGAAUUUCAAAAACGAGGAUUACCACAUGCUCAUUUUCUUAUCAUAUUGGAUUCGAAAAGUAAAAUUCGAAGUCCGGAUCAAUAUGAUGCUUAUGUAUGCGCUGAAAUUCCUGAUAGAUCAUUGAAUCCUCAUAUUUAUGAAGCUGUUUUGAAACAUAUGAUGCAUGGUCCUUAUGGAAGAGAUAAUCAGGAAAAUGUUUGUAUGAGAGAUGAUAAUUGCAAGAAUAAGUAUCCUCGUUACUUUGCGGAGAUGAAACCUAAUGGUCGCAAUUCCUUUCCCAUUUAUCGGCGUCGUGAUGAUGACAGACAAGCUCGGAUACGUGGAGUACUAUUGGAUAAUCGAUGGGCUGACAAGUAUUUAUAUAAAUAUAUUUAUAAAGGACAUGAUCGUGUAUUGUUUGCUGUUACCAACGCAACAAUUACAAAUCGUGCUGAUGAGAUUAGUGCAUAUCAAUCUGCAAGAUGGAUAUCACCUCCGGAAGCUGCUUGGCGGAUUUUCAGAUUUCUUCUUAAUGAUAUAUAUCCAAACAUCGUUGCACUACAAGUACAUCUUCCAAAUAUGCAAAUCGUGACAUACAGAUCAGAAGAACGUCUGGAAGAUAUAGCUGAGAAUAACAGUAGAAGACGAACCAUGUUGACUGCUUUCUUUGAAAGAAAUCGAACGGAUCGAAAUUCUCGACUUCUACUCUAUGAAUAA